AUGGCAAGUGCUAUAAGUCGUUUAGAGGCUCAAGUUGGAGGGAAGUUGCCUUCUCAAACAGUGGUGAAUCCAAAGGAAAAUGUGAAUGCAGUGAUGCUAAGAAGUGGCAAGAAAGUGGAAGAACCGAAGUUGAACAUUCCAAGUGUAGCAAAGGAAGCAGAAAUUGAAGAUGAAAUUGAGAAAGAAGAGGCUACAACUGAAUCAAAUGUAAUUCCUAACCCUUCAAUUCAACUUCAGUCUAAUACUUUACCUUUUCCUAUCAGAUUCGCAAAGUUAAAGAAAGAAGAGAAAGAUAAAGAAAUUUUGGAGACGUUUCGCAAGGUCAAAGUGAAUAUACCUCUGUUGGAUGCAAUUAAGCAAGUGCCAAGGUAUGCGAAAUUUCUUAAGGAGCAAUGCACCAAUAAGCGAAAGUUAAACGGUGAUGAGAAGAUAAUAAUGGGAGAAAAUGUGUCAGCGGUUUUCCAAAGAAAACUUCAUCCCAAGUGCAAGGAUCUAGGUCUUGUGAAAGAUACUGGUGUUAUUAUCCAAUUGGUUGAUCGCACUAAUGCAUACCCUGAAGGGGUAGUUAAAGAUGUUCUUAUGCAGGUCAAUGAGUUAGUGUUUCCUGCUGAUUUUUACAUUCUGGAUAUGGAUGAUUCUUCUUCUCCUGACCCUGCACCUAUCUUACUGGGAAGACCAUUCCUAAAUACAGCUCGGACAAAAAUCGAUGUUCAUGACGGUACCCUCAUGAUGGAAUUUGAUGCACAAGAGAUGUUUGAGCUAAAUAAUGCAGAUGAGUUAGAGGUUUUCCUUACCAAACAUGUGGAAUCAGAGGAGAAAGGAGAGAUAGAGCUCAGUGAAGAAUUGAAGGAGACAGUGAUGCCCUAG